AUUUCAAAUGUUUAUUUUUCAUGAGGCCUUGGUGUGAAAAAUAUGUCAUAUUGUGUGAAUGAUUUUAACAGCAUUUCAAAAUUGAUUUGGUUCUCAUUUUAUUUAUUUCAUUUUGUCAGUAAAAUAAAUUGCACUCUUGAUCUCUUUUUCUCCUCUUUCUCUUCUUUCUUCACCCUUUCCUCCAUCUCCCUCCUCUAAUCUACACGUAGUCACAGCUUUCGCCAUGCCUCUUUUCAACCUCACAGAGGACAGUUCCCUCUACGCCUACUUUUCUCCGUCCUUCUCUCCAUCUCCAUCUCUCUCUUUCCCCUCUCCCUACCCCACCUCCUUCCUAUCUCCCUCCUUCUCCUCUUCCCUCUCCUCCUCCUCCUCUUCCUCUUUCUCCGCCACUAACUGCUCCGAGCCCCUGGCCCCCUCCUCUACUCUGCGGUACAACUUCUAUGCGGUGCUGCUGGUGUUGCUCAUCUUCUGCGUGGUGUUCGGGAACGUGCUGGUGUGCAUGGCCGUGUCCAGGGAGCGCGCCCUCCAGACCACCACCAACUACCUCAUCGUGUCGCUGGCCGUGUCAGACAUGCUGCUCGCCACCCUGGUCAUGCCCUGGGGUGUCUACCUGGAGGUUGUGGGGGAGUGGCGCUUCAGCCGUCUGCACUGUGACAUCCUGCUCACCCUGGACGUCAUGAUGUGCACCGCCAGCAUCCUCAACCUGUGCGCCAUCAGCAUUGACAGGUACACGGCUGUGGCGAUGCCUAUGCUGUACUACACGCGCUACAGCUCCAGGCGUCGCGUGGCCCUGAUGAUUGGCCUGGUCUGGUUCCUGUCCUUCGCCAUCUCCUGCCCCCUGCUGUUUGGACUCAACAACUCAGCGAGUCAGGAGGGCCACGACUGCAGCUUUGCAGACCCAGCGUUUGUGGUCUACUCCUCGGUGGCCUCCUUCUACGUGCCCUUCAUAGUAACCCUGCUGGUGUACGUGCAGAUCUGCGUGGUGCUGCGCAGACGGGGCCGACGCACCGUCCCACCGCGCAGACACGGCCUGCAUGCAGACAACGGAGACAGACGGAGGAAGAAUAAGUGCACUCACCCAGAGGAUGUGAAGCUGUGUACCCUUAUUUUGAAGCCCCCAGCUGCUGCCCCCCAGCGCAAGAAAGUGACUCUGGUGAAAGAGGCGGUGGUGCACCCUCUGGAGGUGGAGCCCAAGUGCUUCCUGGCCCAGAAGGAGCAGAAGGAACAGCAGCAGGGCCCGCAGCAGCCAGGCGCGUGUGCCAUGAUCUCCAUCUCCGUCUCGGUGGCGCCGAACCCCCCAGCACCACCACCCCCCACCACCACCCGCUCCGCCCUCGCCCCCCGGCGGGCGUGCACGUUUCAGGGGGACGUGCACACCCGCGAGGGAUGGAGGGAGAAUAAAUCGGAUAGGGAGAAAGGAGAGAUGACGAAGGAGAGAGUUAGGGGUAGGCUGUCGCAGCAGAAGGAAAGGAAGGCCACUCAGAUGUUGGCCAUUGUGUUAGGAGUGUUCAUCAUCUGCUGGCUGCCCUUCUUCCUGACCCAUGUGCUGAAGGCCCACUGCGGCAGCUGCUGCAUCUCGCCCUCCCUGUACAGCGCCGUCACCUGGCUGGGCUAUCUCAACAGCGCCGUCAACCCUAUCAUCUACACCACAUUCAACAUCGAGUUCCGCAAGGCCUUCAUCAAAAUCCUCCACUGCUGAGGAAGAGGAGGAGGAGGAGAAGGGGAGAGAAGAGGAGAGGAGAGAGAGCCAUGUAGAGUAUGUCAUG